UUUGGACUGUUUCAGCAGCGGUUUGAGAAAUGGCUCCUAAAGUUGACGGUAAGAAGACUGAUCCUAAGGCUCAGGCCUUGAAGACUGCCAAGGCUGUGAAGUCAGGGCAAAGCUUCAAGAAGAAGGCUAAGAAGAUCAGGACUUCGGUCACAUUCCACAGGCCGAGGACUUUGAAGAAGGAAAGAAACCCCAAGUAUCCCCGCAUUAGCGCACCACCAAGAAACAAGUUGGACCAUUACCAGAUCCUUAAGUAUCCAUUGACCACAGAGUCUGCCAUGAAGAAGAUUGAGGACAACAACACACUUGUCUUCAUUGUUGACAUCCGUGCUGACAAGAAGAAGAUCAAGGAUGCCGUGAAGAAGAUGUACGACAUUCAGACCAAGAAAGUGAACACUCUGAUCAGGCCUGAUGGAACCAAGAAAGCAUAUGUUAGGUUGACACCUGAUUAUGAUGCAUUGGACGUGGCUAACAAGAUUGGCAUCAUAUAAGCUAUCACUGUGUUAUCUUCUUAGAUGGAACCAAGGGAUUUUUGUUAUUGCUUUGACAUUUUUGUUAGUAGAACUGUACUGGUUAAAUACUCUUUCUUUGAUGUAUUUGAGAACCAUGUCUUUUUUCCUAUGGCAAUGUGAUGCUAUCAAUAUUAGUACUUGCAAUUUGGUAA